AAAGGUAAACAAACGCACCAGCAGCUCCAGUGUGUGUGUGUGUGUGUGUGUGUGGGUGGGUGCGCGCGCGCGUGUGUCUUGCGGCGGUCGGCAGAGCAGCUCGGGCUGGCGCGCUCCAAAGGAUACGAAACUAAACACCACGACAAAACAGAAAAUCAUGCUGCUGGAAACUCUGGUAGUUUGUGCGUUCUCGGUUUUGCUCGGCCCUCGCGUGUGUGUGGGCUAUGUGUUUCAGGCUGCUCAGCCAACAGGAGAAAAGGAUGAUGGUCCUCCACACACUAAAAUAUCUGAAUGGGUGAGCUCAGCAGGCUCAUGUAAGGGGCGGUGCUUUGAGCUGGUAGAGGCGGAGCCUCCAGGUUGCAGGUGUGAUAACCUGUGUAAGACUUACUACAGCUGCUGCGCUGACUUUGAUGAACAGUGCCUCAAAACUGCUGGGGGCUUUGAGUGCACUGCUGAGCGGUGUGGGGAGAGCCGAAAUGAGGACUAUGCGUGUCAGUGUUCAGAGGAUUGUCUGGAGAAAGGAGACUGCUGCACAAACUACAAAUCUCUCUGCAAAGGUGAGAGUACGUGGUUGGAAGAUGACUGUGAGGAGAUUCAUUCUGCAGAAUGCCCAGCAGGUUUUGUGCGACCUCCCCUGAUCAUGCUGUCUUUAGAUGGAUUCCGAGCUUCCUACAUGAAGAAAGGAAAAUCUGUCAUCCCCAACAUCCACAAACUGAAGAUGUGUGGGACCCAUGCCCCUUAUAUGAGACCAAUGUACCCUUCUAAAACUUUCCCCAACCUCUACACUCUAGCCACGGGCCUGUACCCAGAGUCUCAUGGUAUUGUGGGUAACACAAUGCAUGACCCAGUGUUUGAGGCAAACUUUAACCUACGUGGGAGAGAGAAGCUCAACCAUCGCUGGUGGGGAGGGCAACCUAUCUGGAUAACAGCAGAGAAACAGGGAGUGAAGGCAGGGACCUUCUUCUGGCCUUGGGUGAUUCCACUGGAGAGGAGGAUCCUGACUAUACUGAGAUGGUUCCACUUGCCUGAUGAUGAAAGGCCGUAUGUGUACGCAGUGCACUCAGAGCAGCCCGAUACGUUCGGACACAGACUUGGACCUUUCAGUAAUGAGCUGGAUAAUCCCCUCAGAGAAAUCGACAACAUCAUUGGUCAGCUGAUGAAUGGACUGAAACAAAUGAAUUUACACCGCUGUGUAAACAUCAUCCUAGUGGGUGAUCAUGGAAUGGAGGAGGCCCACUGUGACCGGACGGAAUAUCUUAGUUCAUAUGGACUUAAUGUUGAUGACCUCACGCUCAUCCAGGGUUCCUCUGGGAGGGUGCGACCCAAGAACCGGAACAUGCCAUAUGACCCAAAAGAGAUAGUAGCUAAUUUAACUUGUAAGAUGCCAAUUCAGCACUUUAAACCAUACCUGAAGCAGCACCUGCCCAAACGUCUGCACUAUGCCAACAACCGCAGGAUUGAGGACGUCCACCUGUUGAUGGAAAGGAAGUGGCUGGUAGCGAUGGCUCCUCCUGAGAGUCGUUUACCUGGCAGUUGUCGAUAUUUUGGCGAUCAUGGAUUUGACAACAAAAUAAGCAGCAUGCAGACAAUCUUUUUGGGACAUGGACCAAGCUUCAAGUUCAGGAACCAAGUUCCUCCUUUUGAGAAUAUUGAGCUUUACAACAUAAUGUGUGACCUCCUGGGAUUGACUCCUGUCCCUAAUAAUGGAACUCAUGGCAGUCUGAACGCCAUGCUGAGAAAUCCUCCAUACACACCUACACGACCAGAGGAAGUGACGUCACCAAAACCUCUAGAGCCUACCUCCACCUCCACUGCCAUCUACAGCUUGGGAUGCAGCUGUGAUGAAGAGAACAAGAUUGAGGAAAGCACUCAGAGGUUUUCCCCAGAAGACACUGGUUUCCAGUUAAACAAUGUCACCCACCUUCUGUUUGGCCGUCCUGCUGUCCUGUUCCAGUCAUCCUACACGUUACUGCAGCACAGUGACUAUAUUAGCGGCUACAGCUAUGAGCUUCAAAUGCCCUUGUGGACAGCAUUCACCAUUACACCACAGGCAAACACCACUGUGGACAGCACUGCCCUCCCAUUGUCUGACUCGGAGUGUGUGAGAGCAGAUGUCCGUGUUGCUCCUGAACACACACAGGGCUGCCAAUCCAGCAGCCACGACAUCGAGAUCGUCCGUGGAUUUCUUUACCCACCUGAUUUCUCUCUUACACCUGAAUCCAGAUAUGAUGCCUCCCUGAUCACAAACACCGUGCCCAUGUACCCCUCUUUUAAAAAAAUUUGGAACUAUCUGCAGAAGGAAGCAUUGAGGCGCUAUAGUGAAGAGAAGAAUGGCAUUAAUAUAAUCACUGGGCCCAUAUUUGACAUUAAUUAUGAUGGCCUGAGAGACACGGUGGAGAAGAUAAAAGAGCAUGCAGGUGGUUCUGUCCCAGUCCCCACUCAUUACUAUGUGAUAAUAACAAGCUGUGAGGUGGAGAACACAACAGUAGAAGAGUGUGAAGGAUCCUUCUCGACUGUUACCUUCAUCCUGCCACACCGCCUUGACAACUCGGAGAGCUGCAAUAGUUCAGAGGAGCCGUCCGUCUGGGUCGAGGAGAUUCUGCGGACACACACGGCUCGAGUUCGCGAUGUGGAGCUACUGACUGGACUGGAUUUCUUCCGCUCGACAUCCUUGCCCUACACACAAAUCCUCACCCUCAAAACCUACAUGCACACCUUCGAGGAAGACGUCUAACCCCACGGAGACACUGUAAGGAUGGGAACGUCGUGGCAACAUCAUUCAACAUCAGUGUUCUGUCUCUCUGUCCUUCUACCUGGGUCAACUGAUGCUUAGGUGUAUAUUUUUUAUACAGUUUGUCAUAUUUAUUGUUCACUUAAAACAAAAUAAUGACAGUACCACAUGUAACUCAGCUUAACUUAGAAGGCUUUUUGUCUGUACAGCACCUGAAAAUUGGACUCACAGUAUUUGUGCUGUCUGUCCUAGAUUGCGAAUAGGUUGUGUUGGUGUGAGUGAGGACUGUGUCUUUGUGCCAUUUACACCAAUCAGACAUAACAGUAUGACCACCUCCUUGUUUCUACACUCAUUGUCCAUUUUAUCAGCUCCACUUACUCUAUAGGUGCACUUUGUAGUUCUACAGUUACAG